GUGGGUUCCGAGGAUAGCGGGCUUUUCAUAACGCGCUCACUGUAUUAAAAUAUAUAUACAAAUAUUGAUAACACUAGUUAAAAUAUUAAGCUAUGAACAAAUAAGAUUAAAAAAGAUUAGCGUUACUUACUCACAAGACAUAAAGAAAACAUUACCUUUUAAUUUUUGAAAGUGGUCAACCCUUUUUUUUUUGGUCAACUCUUCUUCUGAAGCUACUAACGUCAUUUUAAAGCGACUUUAAACAGGAAGACACCUCCUUUCUCUAAAAAGCUCUAGGAAAACACACACGUGUGAAACAGCAAAAAUAGUUAAAGUUAUAAUAUAUAUUGUUGUGGAAUGGCUGCUAGAUAACGUUGCAUUAUUGAAGUUAUUGCCCACAUCUCAUUUUUUGGCCCCUUUCAACAUUUGAACAAUGGCUCUGUUCCUUAUUAAUAGAUACCUUGGGGAUGAAGGAGAUGAUGGCUCGAGCAACGAAUCUCGAGCCAAAGCGUUGUUGGCUAAGCUUCAGAGGAAGGCCAAAGUCAAGGAGCAACAGAGCUUGUCAUGUCAAGAAGAAUACCAGUCAAAAACAACAGUUGAGAAUGACGGGGACACCUCGGUGAAGAAGAAAAGAAAAAACAAGGGAGGCAACCUCGAUGAGACAAAACACCCAAAGAAGAGGAAAGUGUCCCCACCAGACCCUGAAGAACUUUCCGAGGGUGACAAUGCACGAAAGAAGAAGGAUACGAAAAAGAUGCAACUGACAGAAGAGGACAAAGAUGGGAUGAAGCAGACAUCUGUCCACAAUAAGAAUAGAAACCUGCAAGAGGCUGCUGCUGCUGACAAAACAGAGCUGCUAAAAAAUGAUGAUGAAAUGGUGGAGAAAAUUCAGACUGACCAGUCAAUACAAGACACAGAAACAAGUCCCUCUCAGACUGGUUUCACCAUACUAGGAGGAUUUGAGAAAAAGAUUAUUCAAAAGGUACAAAGAGUCCUGCCCAAGUGGCUUGCUGAACCAGAUGUAAUCCAGAGAGACAUUACAAGCAACCUAGUCCCCAUCAGUGACGUCCCAGGAAUUUGUACUAAACUCCAGCGGAAACUUGAGAGCAAUGGAAUUCAUCACCUCUUUCCAGUACAAGCGGAGGUCAUCCCAGCCAUUUUAGAGAGUGUCUCUCAUGGUCUAUUGAUUGGAAGAGGGGGCUACAAACCCAGAGACAUUUGUGUGUCUGCUCCAACGGGGAGUGGCAAGACUCUGGCAUUUGUCAUACCUGUUAUUCAGGCACUGAUGGAGAGAGUUGUAUGUGAAGUCCGGGUUUUGGCAGUGUUGCCCACCAAAGAGCUUGCACAGCAGGUUUGCAAAGUAUUCAGUUCAUAUGCGGAGGGCAACAGCUUGAAAGUGGUCAUGCUUGCUGGUCAAAAGUCCUUUGCCGCCGAGCAAGCAUCACUCUCAGAAAACAGAGGUGGAAUAAGCCACAGUUUGGCAGACAUUGUUGUCGCAACCCCUGGGAGACUAGUUGAUCACAUCAAUAAGAAUGAUGGUUUCAGUUUGGAACACCUCCGCUUCCUUAUCAUUGAUGAGGCAGACCGGAUGAUUGACAGCAUGCACCAGUCUUGGCUCAGUCAGGUGACCAAGGCAGUUUACAGACCCAGGAGAGUUUCUGAAGCAGUCUCAAUCUUCAAGAGGACAGAGCCUGCACCUAUCACAGCAGCGAGCUUGUCACCGCCGCAGAUGCCUCUGCAGAAGCUCCUGUUCUCAGCCACACUGACUCAGAAUCCAGAGAAGUUGCAGCAGCUAGGCCUGCAUCAACCCAGACUCUUUAGCUCUGUCCACAGUCGGUCAACAACCAACCCUGAGUCUCAAGAGAGGUUUAACUUCCCACAGGGCCUGACAGAAUACUAUGUGCCCUGCACUCUGAGUAAGAAGCCCCUCCUCAUCCUUCAUUUCAUAUUGCGCCUGAAGUUUAGUCCCAUUCUGUGCUUCACCAAUUCCAGAGAAGCCGCUCACAGACUGUACCUGCUAGUGCAUCUUUUUGGUGGAGUGCAGGCAGCUGAGUUCUCCUCACGACUCUCCCCCAAUGAGAGGAAGAGAACCCUCAAGGAAUUUGAACAGGGAAAGAUCCAACUUUUGAUCAGCACUGAUGCUGCUGCCAGAGGCAUUGACAUCAACGGGGUGAAAUGUGUUGUGAACUACGAUGCACCACAGUUCAUCAGGACUUACAUUCACCGGGUUGGAAGAACUGCAAGAGCGGGAAAAUCUGGACUGGCCUUCACAUUUCUGUUGGGGGUACAGGAGAAUAAAUUUAUUCAGAUGGUGAAGGAUGCAGGCAGCCCUGGGAUCCACAAACAGAUAGUCAAGCCUGGGAAUCUGAAGAGCAUGGAACCCUGCUAUCAACAGACACUACUGGAGUUGGGGAAUACCAUUAAGGGUGAAAAGGCCAAGAAGCGCGUCUAACACAGUGACUUGGGUCAACAUACUGUAAGAUUGUUCCUUCUCUUGUGACAGGCAAAACCAGUGGUCAGCAUGCACACAAGAUUUGGUUCCAGGUGCAGACUUUUGUAUGAAAUGUUUGUUUUUCUCAAAUAAAUAUGGGACAUGUCAAUUAAU